GCGUUCGCGACCGAGCGUCGUCAGUGUGCUCGCAACACCCACAAGGCGCGGUGGCGGUUGGCCACUUUUCGGUCCGUUCUGGCAGGGUCAGUAGUUUAUAAUUCAGUAUGUUCUUGUUUGUUCAGUGUGAUAUCCGUUUUACAACUGUACAGUGUACAAUAUAAGGCGCUGAUAGGAAUCGACCUUAUUAUUAUCGUGUUGGUUGGUUUGUUUACCCAAUCCGAUUUGGCGGUUUUGAAGGGUGAUAAGAGUGUGACACGAGCCUAUCGAGUGAACGUGCGGGAAAUGCAGGGUGGUGUCACCUAUUUCAGUCUGUGGUUGUAUCAUACUUUCCCUCAUACCAAGGACGGUUUGAAUAAAAAAUGAGCCUCGUGAGCUGUGAGCUCUGGAUGACGUGUCUGCAGAGCAAAGUUGCAAGAAUUACUCCGUUGCUGGGUCGUCAUAUCAAUCGAUAGUGUAAUAAUAAUCAAUAGCAGGCAUCGAAGGUGAUGGUGACAGUGAUGAAAUACAUUUGACGAUCGAAUUAUUACGGCGGUGCUGCGAGAAUUGCGCUAGAAGUUGGAAGAGUAAGUGUACAGAAGAGAUCGCGUUUCGAGAGACCGGGAGAACUCUGUGUGGAAGUAUAACCAGGUAUGUCUGGCUGAAGACGACAGCUGAGUUUAGUUAGGUGCGCGCAGUGAAGCGAAGUUGGAUUUGGUGGGUGCGCGAAUAGCGAUCGUAGCAGAAUUAAACAAUCCGUUUCAACAACUUCCGUCACAUGGUGCGAUAGACUUUUCAAACUGAUUGCAAUCCGCUUUGAAUAUGGAGAAGUUAAAGGCAGCUAGGAAAAUCGCUCCUGAUGGCGGCUGGGGUUGGGUUGCCACCUUCGGUGUGAGCAUGGUCAAUUUGGCCACGCGUUCCAUCGAGCCUUCUUUUGGGUUGCUGUUUGGCGAUUUGCUCCACGAUUUACAGGUGGGAACUACCGGGGCGGCCAUCAUCAUCAGCACCCUGGAUGUGAUGAUGAAUUUCUCCGGCCUGUUUGUGGGUCCGCUGUUAAAAGAAUUCUCCUACCGGAAGGUAGCCAUCGCUGGAGCACUGCUUUGCUGGCUGGGGCUUGCGCUUACCUCACCCGCUACCAGUAUGGCGCACAUUUUGGCCACUUACAGUGUGAUCAAUGGCAUCGGUGUCGGGCUGGCUACAUCGGCCGCAUUCGUUGCCCUGAACCACUACUUCUCUCAAAAGCGGGGCCAAGCGGUCGGUCUUUCGAUGGCCGGCACAGCACUGGGGAUGCUCAUAAUGCCCCAGUUGGUGCGCUACCUGUUGGAAGCAUACGACUUCCGAGGAGCCGUCCUGCUGCUCAGUGGACUGGCUCUGCACGCUGCAGUUGGGGCCGCUCUACUGCAGCCCAUCAAGUGGCAUCUGAUUGAGGAGGAAGUGGACGUUGAGAUGGUGGAAUCGCCACACAUGGGCAUAAUUUUGGAACAGGAGGACGACGGAGAUAACGAUAGUUUACCGGAGAUAAAAACGCUAUUGUUUCCUAGGAGGGACAGGAAACUGUCGGAAAAUGCGUCUUCACCACAGCCGAACGGAAUACCCAGAAGACCAACUUUUCCAAGAAUAACGUCCAGUGUUAGUGUGCAGAGCGGUGCGCAUGGUGUGGGAUUAAGAACACGCCCGUCUUUCCCUCGAAUAACAUCUACCGCCAGCAUGAGCUUGGCGCUAAGAAAGAGACGCGAAUCGGUUAUUUCGCAGCUUUCGACUAUGGAUUUCACCGGCAGUGGAAGCUGUAUGCACAUUCAUGUUGAUACAGGCGAUGUCGAUGCGGAGGAUGUUGAUUACCAGAUUAUUCGCCGGGUAAAUACACACGUGGGAGUAUCUACAAUGAAUUCAUUUGCUCGGCCACCCAGAAUUCCCAAACAGAUCGAAACUGUUAAAUCCGAGCUAGGACUAGAAAUGAUCAAACCGAAAGUAUCCUUCCUACAACGGUUCACUGCGUUGAUGGAUGUCGGUCUUCUAAAGGACGUGAUUUAUUUGAACAUUCUAUUUGGAUUGUCAAUUUUCUAUGUGGCUGAAAUGAAUUUCAAAAUGGUAACGCCAUUUUUUUUGGCUAGUCUAGGCUUCAACAAAAGCGAAGUGGCCUUCUUCCUUUCUGUUUCGGCACUCACAGAUAUAGCGGCCCGUGUCAUUGUGCCUCCGAUUGGGGAUAAACUAAGAAUCCGUAAGCGGUUGUUGUUUAUGGUGUCGUUGAUAUUCGUUGCUAUCACAAGAUCAAUUGUCGCUGAGCAGCGCGGCUAUACUGAGUUAAUGGUGUGGCUAUCGAUCACUGGAUUUUUCCGCGGAAUAGCGCUAGCUAACUUUACCCUAUGCGUAUCGGAGUACUCGUCACUGGAAAAGCUUCCGGCAGCCUUCGGGUGGCAUAUGGUUGGGAAGGGACUGUUUGUGAUAGCUCUUGGUCCACUGAUCGGGGCAAUUCGUGACUGGACCGACAGUUUUCCGAUCUGCAUCCACUCGCAGUCGGUUUGCAUCUUUAUGUGUGUGUUUGCGUGGUUGAGUGAGUUUGCGAUUAAGCGAUUCCGAGCGAAGAAAGUAAUCGAGGCUAAUCCAAGUGUUGUUGCGUAAGCUUUUGAAAAAAAAGCGAACGGUUCAAGGAGGAGACGAGUAGAUUAGAGAUCUUGGACCGCAUUGCUGCAUACUUUUGGGGAUUUUAUUUCUCAUCUCUUAUCUGACGUUCGGUGAGAGGGUUUUUUACAUUGCAGGAGGUAGCAAUUAAGCCGAUAUUGUUAGUGAUUGUAGCCGGACUAACACGUUAAUAUUUAGCAACAAAUUUUCAUGUAGUUAGCAAUAUUUACCGUUAUCGUGUAAGCAUGAGACUGCGAUAUACCUUUUAAAAAAAAAGAAGCUUAUAAACUCUGGAAGAAUGGAUGGGAUCAGCUUGCACUUACUUAAAAUGCUUUUAAAGUGAAAUCUGAUAUUCAUUAUUUUUUAAGAAUCUUCUUGCCGGAUAACCCAAUUCCUAAUAUAAUUUAAGAGAUUAGUACAUAUUCCGUUGGAUAAAUCAAUAUAUUUCUGCACGUAUACACGUACGAAAUGCAGUUACAUUUCUUUUAGACCAUCAUCCUUCAGCUAUGAAAAUUGACAUAUUAUAAGUUAGCAGACAUAUAAGUUACGUACUCAACCAUAUAUUUCUUAACCAUUAGUUCAGUAUUAUUCUAAAGUAUGUUGAUUUUGUGAGAGAGUGCAAGUGUGCCUUUAUUUCUCUUGUUCUCUGAAACAUCGGGGAUAGGAGUUUGAGCCUUAUAGAGCUUAAAGAUCAAAAGACGGCAAAAUAUCAUAAUACUUAGAAAUAUUCUAUCUAAUACUUUACGAGCUCAUUGGGAUAAUAAAAUAGGGAGUGUAGAGAGCUGUAGUUUUACUUAGGUCUACUGGAUCAACAAUUGAAUACUGAGCAUAAUUAUAGGAGAAUCUCGAACAUUCUCAUAUGAAACAAAACGUAAGUGUAUUUGAAAAAUAAGAGCUGACAUUUGGCGUACAAAA